AAACAUGAAUGUAAACACACAGGGGAAGUGUACACAUGGGGUGACAAUGAUGAGGGUCAGCUCGGCGAUGGGACCACCAAUGCUAUUCAGCGGCCUAGGCUGGUGGUAGCACUGCAGGGCAAGAAGAUCAACCGCGUGGCUUGUGGCUCAGCACACACGCUUGCCUGGUCCACUAGUAAGCCUACCAAUGCUGGAAAACUGCCUGCUCAGGUUCCUAUGGAGUACAAUCACUUGCAGGAGAUUGCCAUUAUAGGCCUGAGGAACCGAUUAUUGCUACUUCAUCACAUCUCAGAGCUCUUCUGCCCCUGCAUCCCAAUGUUUGACCUGGAAGGACGACUGGGCGAGACUGGACACGGUGUCUCCGUUGGCUUUGACACACUCCGUGGAAUCCUCAUAUCACAGGGCAAGGAGGCAGCAUUCCGUAAGGUGGUGCAGGCCACCAUGGUUAGGGACCGACAGCAUGGCCCAGUGGUGGAGCUGAACAGGAUACAGGUCAAGCGUUCCCGCAGUAAAGGAGGACUGGCAGGGCCAGAUGGCACCAAGUCAGUGUUUGGGCAAAUGUGUGCUAAGAUGAGCUCUUUCAGCCCUGACAGUCUGUUGCUGCCACACCGUGUCUGGAAGGUCAAGUUUGUGGGCGAGUCGGUCGAUGACUGUGGUGGUGGAUACAGUGAAUCUAUUGCUGAAAUGUGUGAGGAAUUACAGAACGGUCUCACUCCUCUCCUCAUCGUCACUCCUAAUGGGCGAGACGAGUCGGGAGCGAACAGAGAUUGUUUUCUGCUCAACCCAGCUGCCAAGUCCCCUCUGCACAUCAGCAUGUUCCGCUUCCUAGGGGUGCUUCUAGGCAUAGCAAUCCGUACAGGAAGUCCUCUAAGUCUGUACCUGGCUGAACCUGUGUGGAAACAGCUGGCAGGCAUGAACCUGACCAUUGCUGAUCUCAGUGAGGUGGACAAGGACUUCAUCCCCGGUCUGAUGUAUAUCCGAGAUAAUGAGGCAUCUGCGGAGGAGUUUGAGGCUAUGCCCUUGCCCUUCACUGUGCCCAGUGCAUGUGGACAGGAAGUCCAACUCAGCUCCAAAUAUUCCCACAUCACCUUAGAGAACCGAAGCGAAUAUGUACGGCUAGCAAUAAACUACAGGCUGCAUGAGUACGAUGAGCAGGUGUCGGCAGUAAGGGAAGGUAUGGCACGUGUGGUACCGGUGCCUCUCCUCUCUCUCUUUACCGGCUAUGAGCUGGAGACCAUGGUGUGUGGUAGCCCGGACAUCCCCCUGCACCUGCUCAAAUCUGUGGCCACGUAUAAGGGGGUGGAGCCCACUUCUCCACUGAUUCAGUGGUUCUGGGAAGUGAUGGAGUCUUUCUCUAAUACAGAACGCUCGCUCUUCCUCAGGUUCGUUUGGGGUCGCACGCGCCUCCCGAGGACCAUUGCGGACUUCCGUGGACGAGACUUUGUGGUGCAGGUUCUGGAUAAAUACAACCCACCUGACCAUUUCCUUCCUGAGUCCUACACCUGCUUCUUCCUGCUCAAGCUGCCACGCUACUCCUGUAAGCUAGUCUUGGAGGAGAAACUCAAAUACGCCAUUCACUUCUGCAAGUCCAUUGACACGGAUGACUACGCACGGAUUGCUUUGAGCGGGGACCCGCCGCUGAUGACAGCAGUGACGACUCUGACAAUGAGGAUGCGGACUCGUUUGCUUCCGACUCCACGCAGGAUUACCUGACAGGACACUGAACUCUUAACCCCUGGUUAAACUCUCUCACAAACACACAUACACACAAACACAACACAAACAUAUGGUGUGG